CCACUGUCCCUGCUGUUCUGCAGUCGCGGAACCUCAGUUUCCCCAUGGGUUCGCUCAUCAGUGUUAAUGUAUGGAACCUCUUGAGUAUGUGUGGGGUCUCAACAGCCCGUCCUAGCUUUCCAGAGGCUUGAUCGUAUUUAUUCAGACCUCUACUUGUUGAACACGGCGUACAAGACCUGAAAUAACAGGAGGCCGACCAGGAGCGAGCCCUUUUGGGUUUAUAGUGCCCAAGCCGGUGAAUGAAUAUUAGCCUUCACAAAGACAGAAUGGUUGGAGCCCUAACAGACCCAUACAGCUGGACUUGUCGGGAUGACUGCAAGUAUGAGUGCAUGUGGAUCACUGUGGGCCUCUACCUUCAGGAGGGUCAUAGAGUGCCUCAGUUCCAUGGCAAGUGGCCCUUCUCCCGGUUCCUGUUCAUCCAAGAGCCAGCUUCUGCCGUGGCCUCCCUCCUCAAUGGCCUGGCCAGCCUGGUGAUGCUCUGCCGCUACCGUGCCUCUGUGCCAGCCUCCUCCCCCAUGUACCAUACCUGCAUGGCCUUCGCUUGGGUGUCCCUCAAUGCUUGGUUCUGGUCCACAGUCUUCCAUACCAGGGACACUGACCUCACAGAGAAGAUGGACUACUUCUGCGCCUCUGCUGUCAUCCUGCAUUCUAUUUACCUGUGCUGUGUCAGGACCGUGGGACUGCAGCACCCGUCAGUGGCCAGGGCCUUCGGAGCCACACUGCUGCUGAUGCUGCUGCUACACACCUCUUACCUGAGCCUCGUCCGCUUCGACUACAGCUACAACAUGAUGGCCAAUGUGGCUAUAGGCCUGGUGAACCUGGCCUGGUGGCUGGCCUGGUGCCUACGGAACCACCGGCGCCUGCCUCACACGCGCAAGUGUGUGGCCGUGGUGCUGCUGCUGCAGGGGCUGUCCCUGCUGGAGCUGCUCGACUUCCCACCCCUCUUCUGGGUCCUGGACGCCCAUGCCAUCUGGCACAUCAGCACCAUUCCAGUCCAUGUCCUCUUUUUCAGAUUUCUGGAAGAUGACAGCCUGUACCUACUGAAGGAGUCUGAAGCCAAGUUCAAGCUGGACUAAAGACCCUGGGAGGGUGUAGCUCUGCCUGGUUCCUGCUGCUUCUCCUUUCUCCCCCUUGAGAUGAUCGCUUUUUCCUUUUAGCUUCUUGAACUUGAACAUAUCGGGUUUGGGCUUGGAAUCAUAUAGCCACCCACCCCUUGCUGGCUCUCACAGGGCAAGACCCCCUGUCUUGGGGGUGGCCUCCUCACAUCUGGAUAGUGAGUAGGCAGCCCUCCUGGGCCUGGGGCUGAACUGGGAGCAGGUUAUGGGGUCUACGGAGAAAAGUGCUGCUCCUGUCUGCUCAGCUACUCCUCUUCCCACAUCACUCACCCCAUAGUACCACCCCAAGUACCUCCAGUACCUCCGCUCACCCCUAAAUGCCACACCUACGGCCCUUUGGGGUCUCUUUUUGUCAGGGAGCCACUAGGUGGCACUGGAGGCCUGCUCUUCAGCUGCCCAAGUUUCUCCGUGGUCUGAGGAACUGAGCUGCUGGGCUGGUACCAAGGAGGGCUUUCCACACUGCCUCCUGCACCCGCCAUUCUUGCCUUCAGGGCCAGGACCCCAGGGGGCUCAGGGUUAGAACCCUGGCUGCUGUUCUGGUUGGGGAUGGACACAUUGACACAUAGAGGGUUAGGGACCAAGCCAAGAGCUGACAUGACCAGAUAGCCAAUGGGCUAUGUUUGGCAGGACUGGGGCAUUGUGGGCCUUCACUUAUAGUGUAGAGAGUAGAUGGUGUGUUCAGAAGGCAGGUGAGUGGGGGUGUCUGAGAUGAGCAUGCAUGGGCUACACUGGUAGGAGGCUGGGGUGAAAUGGGGGAACCAAGUCAUCACCAGCAGUCAUUUGAGCUACAAGUCUGCCUAAGACCCCAAGUCCAACCAGCUGCCAGCAUGUGCAUUUGACCCGAUAGGUGCUGAGAAUGUGGAGGCCUGCCCUGUGCCCUUUUGCUCUCCAUUCCAAAUCACAGUCCCCCCACCCCACCCCCGAAUGUCUUGAGAGCAUCCUGCAGAACUAGCCCCUGAAGGGCAGAGAGAGGAAGGGGAAAGGUGCUCCUCCCGCCUCCUCUCUACCUUGGCAUGGUGUGCCUCCCACUCCAGUUCCCUGCUGUAGCCCCUCCUCACAGCCUGGACUUCGGGGGUGUCAGGCAAAGGGGAAAGAGAGUGUGGAGCUUGUGUCUGAGUGUGGUCACUGCCCUCUAUAGAGGAGCCUGCUCUCCCCUGAAUCCUGAAUCAGUCCAUCAGGGAGGCAGUCUGCAGCUGGACCCUGCCACUACCCCUGUCCUCUCUUUGUGGGGAGGUAGCUAUGCCAGGGCUCCAGCUCAGGUACUUUGGCAGCCUAUUAGGGUUUUUGUUUUUUGAUACUAAGAAUAAUUUUAAGGCUGGGGACAGUAAAGGAUGUGUUUAAUAAACCAAUUCCUGACCUCGCU